GGAAGGCAGGGCAGCAGUCUGCUGAUCACUCCACAGCAGGCCAGCCUAAUCAGAAGGCAGAGCCAGGGUAGAGUUUAAUCCCUGUUCAGGCAUAUUCACCAGGGCUGUACUCUACGUCCUUCCAUGGCCCUGACGAAGAAACUUCAGUGUUUCUGGACCCUAGGCCUAUGUUUGGUAGUCAGCAAACUUUCCAAACUGGUCAAAGUUCCCUAUGUGCCAACUAUCUACGACCCGGGAUUUAUACACGAGUGUGUCGACCUCCAUAACGAAAUGCGAGGCAAGGUGACGCCCUCAGCAGCCAAUAUGCAAUACCUGCAUUGGGACAAGGACUUAGCACGAUUGGCCAAAUCAUGGACUAGGAAGUGCAAAUAUUCACAUAAUCCCUGUACUGCAAAGCGAUAUAGCUGCACUGUGGAUUUUGACUUUAUUGGAGAAAAUAUGUAUUUAGGGCCAAUAAACAGUACACCAAAGGAAGUUAUUUCUCUUUGGUAUAGUGAAAGAAAAUAUUAUAAUUUUGAGAAUAUGACCUGUUCGAAAAUUUGUGGCAAUUAUACACAGGUAGUUUGGGCCAAUACAUUUAAAGUUGGAUGUGCAGUUUCAAAUUGUCCUAAUCUCUUGGGAAGAUCAGCUGCACUAUUUGUGUGUAAUUAUGCACCAGCAGGAAAUGAAAAGAACACCAAUCCUUACGUAAAAGGGGAAUUCUGCUCCAUGUGUAAAGCGGAAGACUGCGUCAGUAAUCUCUGCCUUCACGUGACUGAGAGAGCAACUCAGCACAGAGCCGGUCAUCUUCUCAUGCUAGGUUUUAUUCUUCAUAGACUACUUUAAUUGUUAUUUCUAGUCAGAAGAAAUUUCUAAAUACUACAAUAAAGACUAUUUUCUGA